GGCAGGGGGUGCAGGCGUGGCUGGGGGAUCCCUGCCUGCGAUGGGCUGGGGGGGAGGCGGGGGUGGCCGUGGUGGUCUCGGGGCCGCCCCCGCUCACACCCCGCCCCGGGGGGAGGGCAGUUCCGCUCCAGCACUGCCGGCGGAGACAGCAGCAAUGCGGGGCUAUUCAUCCUGGCCGCGCGACGCAGGCGGCUGCUGAGCCAGGCUGCGGGGGAGCUGGGGCCGCGCCGAGGGGAUGGUGCUGGAGGGCAGCCCCGAGGCCGUCAGCUCCCAGUCUCUGGACCUGCGGCGAUCCUGCCCCAAGGGCUCCCGGAUCUUCCCCUCUGCUGGAGAGGGCUCCCUGCUGAACAAAGAGGCUGUGAAGUAUGGAGAGCUCAUUGUGCUCGGAUACAAUGGCUCCCUGGCCAGUGGGGACAAGGGCCGACGCCGCAGCCGCAUCGCACUCUUCAAGAGGCCGAAGGCCAAUGGGGUGAAGCCGGACGUGAUCCACCACAUCUCCACCCCCCUUGUCUCCAAGGUGAUCAGUAACAAGGGCCAGCACAGCAUCUCCACACGCUGUCCCCAGCCACUCGUUGUUGUGGAAUAUACGCAUGACUGUACCGACAUGUCUGUACAGAUUGGCCGCUCCACGGAGAACAUGAUUGACUUUGUGGUGACGGACACGGCGCCUGGGGGCAGCUGCGCCAGUGAGGGGCAGUCGGCCCAAAGCACCAUCUCCCGCUAUGCCUGCCGCAUCAUCUGUGAGCGCAGCCCUCCCUACACCGCCAGGAUCUACGCCGCAGGCUUCGACUCCUCACGUAACAUCUUCCUUGGAGAGAGGGCAGCCAAGUGGAGGACACCGGACGGGCUGAUGGAUGGGUUGACGACCAAUGGGGUGCUGGUGAUGCACCCCACGGGGGGCUUCAGUGAGGACUCGGCACCUGGUGUGUGGCGCGAGAUCUCUGUGUGCGGGAAUGUGUAUGCCCUGCGCGACAGUCGCUCCGCGCAGCAGCGGGGCAAGCUGGUGCAGACCGAGUCCAACGUGCUGCAGGACGGCUCGCUCAUCGACCUGUGCGGGGCCACACUGCUGUGGCGGACCACAGCAGGGCUGCUGCUGACGCCCACCCUCAAGCAGCUGGAGGCGCUGCGCCAGGAGACCAAUGCUGCCCGCCCCCAGUGCCCUGUGGGCUUCAACACGCUGGCCUUCCCCAGCCUGGCCCAGCGCAGCGUGGUGGACAAACAGCAGCCCUGGGUCUACGUCAACUGCGGCCACGUCCACGGCUACCACAACUGGGGCUUCCGCAAGGAGAAGGGGGGGCUGGAGCGGGAGUGUCCCAUGUGCCGCCGAGCUGGACCCUACGUGCCGCUCUGGCUGGGCUGCGAGGCUGGGUUGUACCUGGACACAGGCCGGCCCACCCACGCCUUCUGCCCCUGCGGCCACGUCUGUUCCCAGAAGACUGUGCAGUACUGGGCCCAGAUCCCGCUGCCCCAUGGCACCCAUGCCUUCCAUGCUGCCUGCCCCUUCUGUGGCACCUGGCUCACAGGCGAGCGGGGAUUUAUGCGCCUCAUCUUCCAGGGCCCCAUGGACUGAGCCUGGGGACUCAGCAGGGGGACAUGGACUGAGCAGGUGGGGCAGGGCCCAGGGACUCAGCGGGGGCGGGGCCCAUGAACUGAGCCUGGGGUACCUGGCAGGGGCUGUGGACUGAAUCGGGGGCCAGGCAGGAGUGUAAAUGGAGGAGGAGCCUGUGGCCGAAGUGUGCGUUUGCGUGUGGUGGGGUGAAGCCUGUGGCCUGAGCCGGGGGAUAUGGCAUGGCUCUGUGGACAGAGUGGUGGGUGGGGCAGGAGCACGGGGGUGCCCAUGGACUGAGUGUGAGUGACCAAUAAAACAGCAAAAAACCUGGGGGGGGAGCUAUAUAC